AUGGCCGUCGCCCACCGCUCUUUUGGCAAUUGUCCAACCGUGGAAACGAGUGCUCCGGUCAAGACAGCCGAUAGCGCUUCAGUCCUGUCCACUUGGAAGUGUAGCCUUCAGAGCGGUCGGUCAUCUGAGCAGCUGCAUCACAGCCCUUGUAGCCAGGUUCGUGUUGAAAUGGCAUUGGCCAUCAACGCUGCAAGUGUGCGGCAUGGCCCACGUGUGCCGUGCCGCAUGAAGUCUCGCUUGCUGUACUGUAAGGGGAAAUACUACGGUGCACCGGAUCUUGCGAUAAGGCCUACUCCGGACUACGAGCUCUAG